UAAGCCUUGAACGGUACCAAACGGUACCCCGGGAGAACGUCCUUCGUGUCGCUGACGAAUUCUUAGUUUGUCGCGUGUUACCGCUGCAGUAGCACCUCGUUUGAACCUCUCGCGGCACUCGGUCGAAACGAUAGGCAAGUGAUUAAUAAAAUUAACAAGGUGAAAGGAUAGUGUGUGUUACUUGGAUCCGAGGGGGAUGGACUGUGGAAGAUCUUUCGUUGUUUAGUAGAACAAGUGAGACGUUUUAUGUGCAUUCGAACUCGAUGCCGACACGUUGAAUGCCAAGGAGAUCCGAAAGAAGAAACUGACCAUGAGAAUGCAGAUCAGUUGGAUCCUUCUUUGCUUAAACGUUUUACUUCAAUGUCACCUUUGGAAGCCCGUUACCGCGACUGGGAAUCUUCGAGUGGCUUACCAAUGGAAACAACUCGAUUAUGAGUGGCCGAGCAACGACACCAUGAAGCUUUUCCCAUGGUACAAGCAGGAAGACAAUCUACCUCUUGGCCUUGAAAUUACAGAUGAUAGGAUUUUCGUCACGGUACCAAGAUGGAGGCGUGGCGUUGCUGCCAGUUUGAAUUACUUUCACAUCAACGACACGCGAGAGUCACCUACGUUAAUUCCAUAUCCGUCUUGGGAGACGCACCAGUACAAGGCCGGAGCUGUACCAGAGAUUAUUUCGACGUUUCGAAUCCGUGCUGAUCAAUGCGAUAGGCUCUGGGUCCUUGACACAGGAUUCACCGACAUCCUUGAUAGCCCAGAACAACAAGCACCACCGGCAUUGAUCGUCUACAAUUUAACGAACGAUCAAAUGUUACGGAAGUUCGUUAUUCCCGAAGAACAGAGAACAGCUGAUUCACUUUUCGCGAACAUUGCUGUCGAAGACUAUUCCUGUGAAGAUACUUACGCUUAUAUGGCGGACUUGGGAGGCCCUGGACUUGUUGUUUAUUCGUGGAACAUGAACAAAUCGUGGCUCGUCAAACACCACUUCUUUCAACCUGAUCCCCAGGCUGAAGAAUUCAAUGUAUCGGGGAUCUCGUUCCGAUGGAGCGAUGGAUUGUUCGGUAUGGGUCUUGCAUCGACAGGUGAUGGAUACAGUACUAUGUACUUUCACCCAUUGUCCAGCACCAUGGAGUACUCUGUCAGUACGAAACUACUCAGAGAUCCUGAACGUGCCACUGCUUCCGAGAAUUUUCACGAAUUCCAUACUCUUGGAUCUCGAGAGUACAAUGGACAAAGUAGCGUCAGUUUCCUAGACCCAAACACUCGAGUUCUUUUUUACGCACUAACCAACAUGAACGCCAUUGCUUGUUGGAAACCUCAUAAGAUGUUCACGACCCAGCAGCAGGGUAUCAUUUAUAUGGAUAACAUUACGAUGAUCUUUCCCAACGAUAUGAAGAUCGACAAAAAUGGCCAGAUUUGGGUACUCUCCGAUCGUCUGCCAACUUUUAUGUAUUCCCACUUGAACUUCGAAGAGUACAACUUUCGAAUUCUUACUGGCUCGACGCGAGAAGCUAUAAACAACACCGUCUGCUCGAUGCAAAGUCCAAUUUCCACCAUAGAUCAACCGCGCAGUCCCUCGGAAGCGAAGGUGGUCUCUCCAAAAAUGACCAAAAGUUCCGGUUGUGCCAGGAAUUCCGAUUUCAUUUUUCCUCCACUAGCGAUGAUUGCGAUAUUUUUUACGAUAACGUAUAUUUGAACAGACUUGCGCAUCUGACAAAGUGGUUGACUGCAAUAAUUUGUCGUGUGGGACUUCAAAUAUUAAGUACACGAAUCCUUAGAAACUGUUGAAGCUUUCGCGUAAACAAAAAUAGAUCUAUGCGAAAGAUUUCCGUGAAAUGAUGUUGAAAGAUGUUUAUAUUACGGAUUAGAUAACACGUAAUCGAAUGUUUCGCGCUAUUUCACUGGAAUUACGAUGGAAACGAUUUUUAAUAAAUCGCGGCGACGAUAAUUACGACGAUGUUUCUGAUUUCUGUAACUGUUGUAUGUAAUUGAAUUUUCUUAUUUAAUAAACAGUGGCGGGACCAAUCCAA